CUCUAUAGCCACGCCCACCUGCGCUCACCUGCCGCACCUGUCCAGAGCUUUGCUACCUGCCUGUACUGGCAAAUAUCAACCUUUUCAUUACACCUCUCCUGCUCAGUAAAUCCACAUCCGCCUGCUGCUGCUGUACUUGUGUCUCUUUUCACCUGACAUGCUGGAUGGAGCUCCUGGCUUACCUGCAUGACUCGGAGCUCGUGGCCCGGUUCCAGAGACGAUGCGGACUCUUCCUGGUCCAAACCGAGCAUCACGAUGGAUCCCCGGUCCACGCCGACGAACCACGUGGACAUGUGAAGGGAAGAUGGGACCACCAGGAUAAGAACUCCAACUACAAAUACAAGGAGAAUGGAUGUGCCAUUAGUGGCAGCAGCAGGCCUAAGUAUGAGGUGAGGAACUGGCUGUUACACUUCCUCUUCCUGCUCUCGGCAGGCCUGGGGCACGAAGUGUUCUACAUCACCUGUCUGCCUUGCAUACACUGGAACCUGGACCCAUUCCUGUGCCGACGCCUCGUCAACAUGUGGACCUUGGUGAUGUACGUCGGUCAGGCGAUGAAAGACGUGCUGAAGCUGCCUCGCCCUCUCUCGCCCCCUGUGGUCAAGCUGGAGACGCGCGUCGAUGCCGAAUACGGGCUACCGUCCACCCACGCCAUGGCCGCCAUCACCAUCUCCUUCACGGUUUUACUAAGCGCUCCGUCCAGGAUACAGUUCCAGUUCGAGGUGGGUCUACUGAUCGCGCUGACGCUGUCGUCUUUGGUGUGUCUGAGCCGCCUCUACACUGGCAUGCACUCAGUUUUGGAUGUGAUCUGUGGCGCUCUAAUCUCAGCCGUCAUCAUGUUCGUCACCUACCCAUUUUGGGAAACCUUCGACCAGUUCCAGCUCACCAGCUACAUCUCCCCCGUCGUGGCGUUGUCACUGCCCCUCUUCCUCAGCUACACAUACCCAGAGCUGGACCACUACAGCACCACACGGGGGGACACCACCACCAUCCUAGGAGCAGGUGCCGGGUCCUCUGUGGGGUACUGGGUGAAUCAGCAGCUGGGGCAGACUUUUGACCCCCCGGGGGUGCUACCUGUACCCCUACCCACACUGACGGCUACUGCACUGUCACGAGGUGCUGCACGCCUCCUUGUGGGAGCUGUAGCGUUACUGGUAACUCGACUGGUGGUGAAGACACUGAGCCUGCAGGUGUUGUAUUGGUGGCACAGAGUGCCAAAACAAGACGACAGCGCCAGGAGGAGGAGAGAGAUCGAAGUGCCGUAUAAGUUUGUCACAUACACGGCUGUUGGACUCGUCAACUCUAUAUUAGUCAAUAGAGUCUUCAUUCUACUGGGACUACUAUGACCUACUAACACAAGACUGAUGCAUCAUGAUCUGAACUUGCCAUUACAAUAAUGUACCUCAUAUUUAUUUCAAUGUGUAUCAAAUAGGGUUGUAACGAUAUCGGGCCAAUACUGACUCAAAUAGUUGGAUCAGAUAUCAGUGACAAUGGGGCCAAUCUAUUCAAUUCAAUACUGUUUGUAUACUUUAUACAUUAUAUACUGGAAAUUUCAAUUCUUGUGAAAGUUUUUACCAAUUUGUUGCUGCAUAAAAACAUUUUCUACCAA